AUGAAUAUUUUAAAUUAUUGCCUUCGUAGUAGAAUAGCUUCUUCAACAUUUCCUACAAUAAAGCGUUCAUAUAAAGUUCUCUGCAAAGGUUCUUUAAUUCACAACAAUCAAAUCCAGUUACCUGCUAAUCAUCAAUCAUGUGUACAAUUGGUGUCAUAUCGCAGUUUCAUGAAGAAGAUGGGCUUGAAACCCAUUUACGAUGUGUACAAUAAAAAAGCUGCAAAAGACAACAUAUCACCGACAGAAUACGAGCUCAUUUACAAUGGAACAGGUGAAAUGUACGUACGAAGUUUGAGUGGAAUACUAAUUGUUGCUGUGACAAUCAUCCCAACAAGUUUGAUUUUUGGUUACAUCUAUACUUUAUUAAAUGAAGGAAACACUAAUUUCAAAACGUAUUUAGAAGUAUUGGUUUUACCACACACCUCUAUGGAACUAGCAAUUUUGUUCCCCAUAUUAGUUUUUAUGAAAAUUAUGUCUUACAGUUUUAUUUCUAAAUACGUAUUGAGAGUUUAUAGACAUAAUAUGAAAGAACAACAUGUAGGAGUAUUCAUCAAUCCAAUUUUACCAUGGAAGAACAUAAGAUGCAAUUUUAAAACAGCCAUUAAAUUACCAGAUGGGAAACUUCAUAUAGUUCCUUGGUACAAAGAAUAUCAUCAACUCUCAGGUUACAAAUCAAUUAUUUUAAGAGAAAGAUUCAGAAGACCUGUAGAUUAUGAUAGAAUGCUUGGUUUAGUUGAGCCAACAGAUAAAGAAUGA